AUGUCAUCAGACCAAAAAGUAGAAACAACUUUGGAUGUUCAUGAUUCUAAAGAAGAACCUACCUCUACCUCUCUUAGAGACAAAUUUUCAUAUGUUUUAUCGAAGGAUUUUAUCAUCAUAGUAUUACUUGGACAAUUUCUAUCCUUCUGUAUUACAGUUACAAUAGUAACUAGCACUGAAUUAGCUGUCAAUCAUAAAGCAGAAUAUCCUACUACGCAAACAUUUUUGACUUAUAUAAUUUUGGCCGUUGUUUAUACUCCUUUCACUAUUUACAAGAAAGGAUUUAAUGGUUGGAUUAAUAUCAUUAAGAAAAGAUGGUGGAAGUACGCGAUCUUUUCUUUAAUUGACGUCGAAGGAAACUAUUUUGUUGUGAAAGCAUACAAGUAUACCUCACUUCUCUCCACGAUGUUACUUGACACAUGGGCGAUUCCAUGCGUAGUCUUGUUAUCAUUCAUCUUUUUAAAGGUUAGAUUUCAUUGGAGUCAGUACCUUGCUGUAUUAAUUUGUUUAGCUGGUAUAGCCGCAUUGAUUAUUGGUGAUUUCAAAACAGACGUGGAAAUGAAUACGGGCAGCAAUUUAAUAUUGGGAGACAUAUUUUGCUUAAUAAGUGCUACUUGUUACGCCAUUUCCAAUGUAGCAGAAGAAUUUUUGGUUAGACAGCGACCAUUUUGGGAAGUUGUGGGUCAAUUGGGUAUAUAUGGAACCAUAAUUAGUGGUAUACAAUUGGCGAUUUUGGAACGAGGAGAAUUAAUAGGUUCAACUUGGGACGGGAAAAUUAUCGGAAUAAUUGUGGCUUAUAGUAUCGCGAUGUUCUGCCUAUAUACCGGAGCCCCAAUUUUAUUUAAAUUGGCUUCUGCCACAUUCUUUAAUCUCUCCUUGUUGACAAGUGAUUUCUAUUCUAUAAUUUUUGCUAUAUUCUUAUUCCAAUCGAAGUUACAUCAUUUGCAUAUAGUCGCAUUUGUUGGUACUAUGUUAGGUCUUACGAUUUAUAAUAUUUAUCCUGCUACUCAACCAAAAGUUGAAUCGAUCAAGGAUGAAGAUGAGGAAGAUUGA